UGCUUGUUAUACGUGUCUUGUCGUUUGUCCGCUUGCAGCCAGAAAGGCUGUCGGUCGUGUCGAGCUGUUGACGAAAUUACCGAGAUUUGGCCUCCGUGGUGAAUAAAAGUUUUCCGCAGGCACCUGCUAAACCUCCGACCACCCUCACUCAGCCAUGGGCCUUAAAUUCUUGGAAGUGAUCAAACCCUUCUGCUCAAUUUUACCGGAGAUCGCCAAGCCGGAGAGAAAGAUCCAAUUCAGAGAAAAAGUACUAUGGACGGCCAUCACCUUGUUCAUUUUCCUCGUGUGCUGUCAGAUCCCGUUGUUCGGCAUCAUGAGCAGCGACUCUGCGGACCCCUUCUACUGGAUACGUGUCAUAUUGGCGAGUAACAGAGGCACCCUGAUGGAGUUGGGCAUAUCGCCCAUCGUGACCUCAGGGCUGAUCAUGCAGUUGCUGGCCGGCGCCAAGAUCAUCGAGGUGGGCGACACCCCGAAGGACCGAGCUCUCUUCAACGGCGCGCAGAAGCUGUUCGGCAUGGUCAUCACCGUCGGCCAGGCCAUCGUCUAUGUCAUGACGGGCAUGUACGGUGACCCCAGCGAAAUCGGCGCCGGCGUCUGCCUGCUCAUCAUCAUCCAGCUCUUCGUCGCCGGCCUCAUCGUCCUGCUGCUCGACGAACUUCUGCAGAAGGGCUAUGGUCUUGGCUCGGGCAUAUCUCUCUUCAUCGCCACCAACAUUUGCGAAACCAUCGUCUGGAAAGCCUUCAGCCCUGCCACCGUCAACACUGGUCGUGGAACGGAAUUCGAAGGCGCGGUCAUUGCCCUGUUCCACCUGCUGGCCACCAGACAGGACAAAGUGCGCGCCCUCAGGGAGGCCUUCUACAGACAGAACCUGCCCAAUCUGAUGAACCUCCUGGCCACCAUCCUCGUCUUUGCCGUCGUCAUAUAUUUCCAGGGCUUCAGAGUGGACCUGCCCAUCAAGUCUGCCAGGUAUAGAGGGCAGUACAGCAGCUACCCGAUCAAACUUUUCUACACCUCCAACAUCCCCAUCAUUCUGCAGUCGGCUCUGGUCUCCAACCUUUACGUCAUAUCUCAGAUGUUGGCAGUGAAAUUCCAAGGCAAUUUCUUUGUCAACCUGCUGGGCACGUGGGCGGACGUGAGUGGUGGGGGGCCGGCCCGAGCCUAUCCGGUGGGCGGCCUGUGUUACUACCUGAGUCCACCUGAGAACGUGGGCCACAUCCUCGAGGACCCCAUCCACGCUUUCCUCUACAUCAUCUUCAUGCUUGGCUCCUGCGCCUUCUUCUCAAAGACGUGGAUCGAAGUGUCCGGAUCGUCCGCCAAGGACGUUGCAAAGCAGCUGAAGGAGCAGCAGAUGGUGAUGCGUGGUCACCGCGAGAAGUCGAUGAUCCACGAACUGAACAGGUACAUUCCGACGGCGGCCGCCUUCGGAGGCCUCUGCAUUGGCGCGCUGUCCGUGCUGGCCGACUUCAUGGGGGCCAUCGGCUCCGGCACUGGUAUCCUGCUCGCCGUCACCAUCAUCUACCAGUACUUUGAGAUCUUCGUCAAGGAGCAGAGCGAAAUGGGCGGCAUGAGCACUUUGCUCUUUUAAACACACAUUUUCUCCUCUAUUCAUGUUUCUGUUGUUGAGAAUGAGAGCGCGCAUUAUUUUGGGGACCACUUUGCUCCUGUCCACUUUGCGGGGCGGCCAAAUUCAUCCUUCUCCUUUAAUUUCUCUGCUUGUUUUCUUAAUUUAACUCAAUUCAUGCGCAUAAAAGACAGUGGAGGAGCAAAUCAGGCCCAGAAAAGCAAGGAAGUAAGAAAGAUGUGCAAGUUACGUUAAAAUGCCUCUUUAAAUCAAGAGAGAAUUUUUGCAAAAAAGAAAGAAAUUCUGUCCCUUUUGGUUGAUUUUGUGAAAUGACAUCGACUCUUUGUGUUGUUGCUGGUGCAGAGUGAAUGAAUGGGCCUAAUUAUUUAAUUUACAAAAUGUAGGCCCUCUCAAGCGUGUUUUCUAUUAAAGAGAGAAAAUAACACAAUAUAAUUUAUUGUGUGCCCUGUUAUUAA